AUGGAAGAUAAGGCCAGCUCGGGAGCGGAGGCGUACGACGACUUGACGUCGUUGUUCUUGCCGGACAUUCUCCAUGGAGCAGGGGCUGCCGAAACCGACUAUUCUGUGGCGACUUCUACGUCAAAUCCUCCUCGUCCUACACAAACAACCAACUCGGCACCUCCAGUGGCAUCUACUCGGGGUGAAUCUGGAUCUGUGAACUCUCUGGGCCCCGACUCCGGGAUCGCCAGUGGCUCUGGUUCUGGAACGGGCACGGGAAUGGGAACGGCAGCGGGCACGGGAACGAGUGACAACACGUCUGAGUUUGGGUAUCCAGCUGGGUUUCUGGUCAAGUUGGAGGAUGAAUUGGGGCCCAUAGAUUCGUUCCCAACGUCCUUACGGCCAGACGAACUCUCCUCGUUCAACACAUUUAUCAAUAAUAACGAUUUCAUUUCGAAUUCGAGUGGAGGAGUCACCACCACCAGCUCCAAUUUCGGGCUAGGUUCGGGCAAUGGUGGCGCCUUUCGAGGCGGAGUGCUACCCAACGGUGGCUCUGGCGGUGCUUCUUCCGUCCCUGGCGUACGGUCCGGUACCCCAUUAACCAGCAAUGAUAACAACAACGCCAACAAUAACAAUAACAGUGGAGUGAUGCCUGGAAUUGGCGGGGGGAACAAUUCGUAUUCACCAGGAACUGUAGCACCACCACCACCAACUGGCUAUAAUUACCCUCAGCAACACCCUUUACACCAUCAAAUGAUGUACAGCAACACGUUGAGUAUCAACCAGGCCCAACAACAACAACCAGUACAACUGCAACAACAAAACCCCUAUAUCAACCAUUAUGCCAAUUACGUCCCCAUUGAGGCAGCUGCUACGGCAGCCAUGCAGCAACGACAACAGCGCCAGCAUAUGGCCCUGCAUCCAGUGCCACAACUGAACAUGUUCAAUCCAGACUUGACUUGGUAUCCCAAUAAUCAAUAUGAACAACUGUAUUUGGAAAAACUGUAUCUGUCUGACCUUCAACUGAAGUUUUUCCCACGAGUAGACCGUGAGGGGUACCCAGUGCGAAAUGAGUAUCAAUCUGAGUUACCGCAGUCUGAUCAGUCGGCCAAUUUCCAACGACUGGUUGGUCACCAAGGUCAGGCACACAGGGCACCAUCUGCACAGUCACAACAACCCUCACAAUCAGAACCAACAGAUUCUACCCCGGGUAAGAAACAUUUGAAAAGAAAACAAGAAGAGAAUGCUAAAUAUAAUAAAUCUGGCUCUAUGAAAAAGACAUCCGGUUCCAAUGUGAAAGCUUCUACAUCUGGUACAGCAGUCACUGGUAAAAAGAAAUAUCAUCUCCCACUGCUUACUUCUUUACUUGAUCUUAAAACCGUUCCCGUGAAGAAUAGCGUCAAGUAUCAAAUACUUGAUCGGGAUGAUAACAACAUAUCAAUCAACCUCUCUGCAUUCAUCAACGGGAGGUUUUAUACAAACGAAGCGGAUAAUAAGAAUUAUUACCAGUUCAAUUCAUCGCCUUCAGAUGAAUUAGGAGCAUCAAAGUUGGCAGAUGCUUCUAACCAACCGCCAAAGAUUCUCUCUUGUUAUCGUAGAAAUUUCAUUCAAUUGUCUGCCAAUUUGAAUCUUUCUGGGUUCAAGUCAUCAAACACCAAGAUGCUCAAGUUACAAACGUCUGACUUUGGGUAUACCGUGACUAGAGUCAUUAAAUGCUUCAAGUUGGAGAUAUUGGCCAAUACAAAUUUCUCCACUGCCGAAAAUGUACCGAUGUUUGUUGCUGAAGAUAAGGAGAAAAAACCCAAUACAUCAGCGGCUGUGUCACAAAAGAAUCAAGAUAUUAAUCCAGACCCCAUCACCAGCAUGGAACAUAUCAUUGGAUUGACCGAUAACCCGGAUCCAAACUCACGUGAAGUCGAUAACUACUACACUGUGAAGAGGCUACAAUUCAAGAGCGCCACUCCCAACAACGGGAAGAUAUCCUUUCAAAACUAUUAUAAUAUCAUUGUGAGAUUGAGUGCAAUUGUGGUAGAUUUAUAUUACGAUGAUUAUGUGGAUGAACGGUCAACGUCUUCUGAUAAGAAUGAGAUUGCACUUUUUGAUCUUGUGAGUGAACCACUCAUUGUCAGAGGAAGAAACCCUUCGUUUUAUGAAGAUAGGAAGGAUAUUCUUAUCAAGGGCCGAGACUCGAACAUGAAGGAGAGUUUCAAGAACGCUUCAAAGGGGAGUGUUUCUGAUAAGCAAACUGAAGCUUCUGUGGCGGCCGUAAGAAGUGGUGGAACCACUGUUUCCACUACGGAUGACAUUCUUGAAGAAGAGGAUGAUGAUGAAGACGAUGGCGAUGACGACGAUGAUGAUGAGGAUAGAGGGAAACAAAGCACGGGGUUUAUCCAACCAUAUGGAACUACUUCAGAUAAACCCAUUCCACCACUCGCAUACAGUGCCACAACAUCAUCAUUGAUCAAUUUGAAGUCGAUUAUGAAUGGGAAGCCGAAUAAGGCUGCUACAAACACCUCGAUUAACGAGGAGAAGAAUAAACUUGUUGAUGGAGAAGUGAAUAGAAGAAGCCUUGAUAACCAACCCAUUGCCCUUGAGACUAAACAAGAGAACAAACGGUACAAGUACUUCCCCAUCUCCAACGUGUAUUAUCUUCCACCGAUAAGUGUGGUGUACUUCCCACAUGGUGCGCAUGGAGAAGAGAAAAUCUACUCCAGAAGAAACUCCUCUGUUGUGGAGGAAGAUGUGUCGGAGAAGGCACUUUCUCCACCAAGACGGAAAAGUUCAAACGUUUAUUUCAAGUAA